GUGUUUGUUAGUAACUGUCAUUGGUCAAAGGGGAAACAAAGGAGGAUGUUCUGUCGGAACCAAUCACAAUACAACUAUUGCAGUACAUCGAAUACGAUCGAAUAGCAUUUGUGUGAUCCAAUCACAGAUCACAUUGAUCACAGUCAUCGCGGUUGUCAGUGAACAUGCUCUACAUGCUGUACAUUUUGCAAGAUAUUUGGCGUUGGUGGAGGUUUACGCCAGAACUUCAGAAGCUUCAGAAGAGUGUUAAGAGUACUAAGUGCAAUUAAGUGUGAUCACGCUUACGAAUAUUAGCACAGAGGCACCAAUUAUCUUGAAGCGUUAUUACCGGACAUUACUUUUUCGAUAUAGGUGUGAAGUUGUGGGUAUUCUGUAGGGAAUCAUUAGUAUUCUGUUUCCUCAUAUAUUGAUAAAUAGCUAGAAGGGAACACCGCUGGUGUUUGUGAUUUUAUACCGCCGUUGAAAGUUCCACUUGGGAUUCUUCGAAACUUCCCACCUCCCUUUCUGAGGGACAUUUACCAAUUAAAAUGCACAUUUUUUUUUACCGUGUUUAUGAGUUCUCUCGCCUGUUACACAAAUCAAUCCGUCUUAUAAAGGAAGUCGUGACAGCUGAUGGACUAUGGUGAACUGGUUGAAUUUUGCAGGGUAUGCAAAUGCAUAGUGAAUAUUUUGCGGCACCACGAUGUAAAUCUGUAGAGUAGGUUUGCCUUUUCUGGGAAGUAACUCCAUGCAGUCAGGUAGCCUGCUACCGACGUUUUGAAAGCAAGAGGUUCACUCAAAAUGGGUGAACCAGCUGCCUUCAAAACUUGAGCAAGUCUGUUAAGAUUACACAACUGUUAAUAACACAGUAAGCUUCAGAGCCUCAGCUGUGAGAACAAAGAAAGCCACAUCAGUAUGUGUUUGUACACAAUCAUUAGUAUGUUUCCUUACAUACUUGGGCAAAUAUUCGCAACAAGAUACAGGCACUGUAUAUUAUUCUAUAUCACUAGGGUUCUAGUAAAACAAUUUAUUUGCAACCCACAAAACGUGGAUAAGAAAAAGUUUCGAGGUUAUGUAAGAUUCUGCAUUCUCUUGCAACAGAAAUGCCAAGAAUUCUGCUACGGAAAGCUGAAGAAAUAUUUCCUGCUCUGAGAGAAAGCAUGAACUGUACAAAUUCAGAGAAGGUUUUAGUGGGUCCAUGUGGUGAGAUAUACCCAGCAAGCCAUGAUGCAAACCAGGCUAUGAAUAUAAAAGCUGAGGAAGUCUCAGAUGCACAAGAGGAAGUGGAUCCUGUGCAAAUAACAGUUCAGGAGGACCGUACAAGUCCGGAGAACGUUUUAGUCGGUCCAUAUGCUGAGACAUACCCAACACCUCAUGAUGCAAAUCAGGCCAUCAGUAUAAAAGCUAAGGCAGUUUCACAUGCAGAAGAAGAAGAGGUGCCUGUCCCAAUAACAUUUCCAGAAAUAAAGGCUGAACCUGAGGAAUUACAAGCACAUGCUUCAUUGGAAAGUAUAGACUCUCAGGAUGGUCCAGUGUUGAAACUCAAGAUCUCCAGAACUGAACCAGCCAGCAGUACGAAGGUGGUGUCAUUCCAGAAACUGCUCCCAAGGGAGAGUAUUUCUGGACUGGAAGAGCUGUUAUUGCCCAAACCAACAUGUGGACAUCCACCAAAACGGGUAUAUCCAUCAACAUCUAAGGAGAGUAGUUCAGGCAGCAGAUCACAGCGGAGAAAUUCAUCAGGUUCUGUAGCUGAUGAGCCAUGGUCUCCAUCAUCCAAAAGGUCAAGAAUGCCUUCUGUUGAUCCUGUAUAUGACCAAUAUCGAAGGCGAAGAGAGAGAAAUAAUGUGGCCUCAAGAAAAUCCCGACAAAAUAGGACAGCUCGUGAGAGAGAGAUGAAGGAAGUAGCAGCAAAACUUGAGCAAGAAAAUGAAAAUUUGAAGAUAAGGGCAGAUGAAAUGGAACAACUUGUAAAGAAGCUCAAUGAAGCGCUGCUUGAGGCUGUGGUCAAAACUGAAAAAGUAUAAGUGUAAAAUUUGAUGCUGACACAUGACUCUUGAAUUUGACCCAUCAACAUAAUUACGUGAUAUGUAGUACUUUGAUCACAUACUCUUUGGUCAGGAAGCUUACUUUAUGUAUAUAGUAGUAUAAUGUGUAAGUUUUACAUGUUACCAAAGUUCUAACUUAGUGAAUGAGGUUUUAAUCUUAUAGCACCAGGUUUUCUUGUUUGGCAAGAGUUUACAACCCACUUGUAAUUGUCAAAUUUAACAAAUAUGGAAUUGUUUUUAAUUUUGUGAUAUAUAUAUAGAAUUAAACGUGACGUGUGUAGUAAAUAAGUCAUUCAGACGGCAAAGUAGUCUGAAGACACAUCAGCACUUACAUGUUGAUGUGCUGUAAAUCAUAGAGCAGUAGAGAUGUGUUUAGACUAAAGGAACAGUAUGUGACUUGUAGCAUGCCACAGUUUUUCAUUUUGUAAGAAAGACAGUUUUGCUGUGUGUGGUGUGCUGGAUUUUUGUAGAAUGCUACAAUAUAUUGGAAUUGAUUGCUGUUGCUAACCGUUUGAACUGACAGGAAAUGAACUGAGUGCCAUGGUACAAAACAUUUGUGCAAAUGAGUUCCAUUUGAUUCUGAUUGCUGAAUGUGCACAAUAUCCUGUCUUGAUGAGUGGAAA